AUGUAUGAUGAUAAUCUUAAAAUCACAAAAAAUGGAACUAUUGAAAACAUAGAUUUUUAUAGAUUGGGAAAUUUUCAUAUUAUUGGCGAUGAUGGUAUCAAUAUCUCAUGUGAAUGGAAUGGGUACCCAUUAUACAUUCAAGCAAAAUUUCGAAAUCUAUGCAUGAAUUGUAAAAAUAAAAACAAUAAAUAUUGUUUACACAAUUACUAUUAUGAUGGAAUGAAAGAAGAUAUUUUAAAAUUUGAUAAGAAACUAUCAGAAUAUAAAAUACCU